UUCUGUUAAAAGAUUUCUACUCUGCCGUAAGAAAACAUCACUGUACAUAUAGGUUUAUAAACAUUUAUGAUAUGAAAACGGUUUUAUUUUUUGCCUCUCCUUACUGAUGCCUUCUGUAAUAUAGAGACCAUUUGGAAUACAAUACAAUUUUAGAUUAAAGGGACUUAGGCAGGUCCUUCUAAAGGUUCUUCUUGUUUCUAAUUAAAAUAUUCAGGGAGUAGUGCUGUUAUUCACUCUUCCUUCUGCUACUUCUGGAUUAUUUUAUUACUCAAAUGGCAAGUUAAGACUGGCUGAGCUGUGAUAUCUAUAAUUUUUUACUCUGAUAAACUCUGGUAAAGCCUCAAGGCACCAUAUUUACCUGAGUAGGAAUGAACUUGAGGCAACACCUUAAGUUCCUUCAGGUGUUUACUUAUGUUUCUAGACUAAAUCAGACGUUUCUCCCAAAUAUAUAUUGUCUCAUCAUAUCUCCAAAUUAAAACUGCUUAAGGUGAAGAAAAAUCUGUGAGUUGUGUGAGAGCAGUGAUACAAUUAAAAAGAAAAACAUUAUCAGCAACCCAAUUUUAGUGAUCUUUUCUUUCUCUUUGUUGGAUUUAGAAACAGUCUUCCAAAUUGUGGCAAACAUUUCUUAACAUGAUUAUAGAUUUUUUUUUACAGGAAUUUGCCUCUGUAGUUGGGUGCAUUUUGGAUUGCUGAGCACUAGAUGAUGACACUUAUGAUUCCAUUGGGAACCAUAAAUAAUAUUUGGGAAUCAUAAACAAUGGUAGAAGACUGGUAAUAUCUAUAUUUAUGUAUUAUAAGUGGUAGCAUUUCCAUACUUCUUAUUCUCAUUUAUUACUAAUAGGGGCAUUGUAUAUAGAACUAUUACAGUAUUAGCAUUGGUGAGGAUCUCAUUUUUUAACCUCUUUGCUGGAAAUUCCUUUUCUUUCCUAGAGAUUUACCUGUAUUUAGCACCUACUCAUCAGUAUUUUGCAUUCAUUUUCUUAACUUAUUCUUAAUUAUUUAUUCUACUGCUUGUUGCAAAUAUAAUUGUCAAAACUUAGCAAAGAACUGAUUUUUGGGCAAUUGGUAACAGAGGAAAGUUUUGAAAAGAUUUUCACCCAUUAUUCAAAUAUGUUUACUGAGUGAGCUGAAAGUCAUUCCAGCUGCAGAACCUAAACAUGCAAAGAUAAUAUCCUCUGACUGGAACAUGUUCUAGUUAUGGCAUGUUUGCAGAAAAAAGAUCAAGGCAAAAAGACUGCAAAAUGUUAACACACUGGGAAUAUGAAUGAAGGUCCAGAAUGAUCACAGGUCAAUGACAGAACAUAGAUAUUGCAUAUUCUUGCAGAGCAGAGCUGAGGAAAACUUCUGUUGAGAUCAUUGCAAACUUCUCAUAAAUUAUGGUCCAUGAAGCUUGGAAUGAACCCAGGGUGUCAAAAUACAUAAUCUAAUCAACAAUAUUAACUGACAGCAAGUGAUGGAUGACAGCAAGUCUGAAACGAUGGAAGAUAUUAUUCAACUUAAUGUUGGAGGCUGUAUAUAUACAGCUAGACGUGAAUCUUUAUGCCGUUUUAAGGAUUCAAUGUUAGCAGCUAUGUUCAGUGGAAGAUUUCCUUUAAAAAUGGAUAAUUCAGGAGCAUGCCUUAUUGAUCGUGAUGGCAAUCUUUUUAAAUAUCUCUUAAAUUAUCUUCAUGGAGAAGUUUGGAUUCCUGAAAAUGAGGAAACACGAAUUGCAUUACAAGAAGAAGCUGAUUAUUUUGGCAUUCCUUAUCCUUACAGUCUUGUUGACCACCUAGCUAAUGAAAUGGAGACAUAUUGUUUUAGAACAAAUGUAGAACUUAAGAAGGCACUUGUAGGUUUUUGUGACUCUUAUGGCUUAAUAUGCACUAAACCAACAGUUUGGGUCUUGCAUUACCUCAACACUUCUGGUGCCAGCUGUGAGAGUAGAGUAAUUGGUAUAUAUGCUACAAAAGCAGAUGGAAUAACUGCAGUUGAAAAGGAACUAGGAGGACGAAUAAAUAGUAAAAAUAUUUACAAAAGAGAGGCUGGAAACAACAUCCAGUAUAUUUGGAGUUACUAUUCAGUAACAGAAUUGAAGAAGAUAAUGGAUGCAUUUGAGGCUUGGGAAGGAAGAGGUGCCAGCUACUGGCGAGUACCACAGGAGCUGAUAGAGUGUUGGACUCUUGAGGAGCAUUCUUUGAAAGGAAGCCUUCAGAAUAUGUCUCCAGUACGUAAACGACGAAUAAUUGGUUCUCUUGAUGAGGAAGAAACUCAGCUGAAUAACAGAAUAGCUCGGAAGCCAGUUCAGUUCUCUGGCCCCUCCACAAGUACCCACAUCAAAGUCAAGAACUCAGCUUCUUUAAAGAUAGCAGCAUCUUCACAUGCCCAAAUGGCUCUUAAGCGUCCUAGCAGAGAUACUUCUUUAACAAGCAAAAAGAUUUCCAGAACUCUUUAUGCAAGGACCGUAUCAUUGACUAAAAAUUCUCAGGCCUCUCUUAGAAACGCUGACCAUAGGGAAGUUGGCCAAAUGAUCCCAAAUUCUCCCUCAGCCAGAAAAUGUGCAACUAGCCGGGUGAUAAAACUGAAGCGGACUCCACUCUGUAAUGAAUUACAAACUCAGCAUUCUUCAUCAGUUGUGAAGAAAGUUAAACAGCAAUUUUCCUCUGCUGCGAUUACUGCUACUUCUACAUGUCACUCAUUAAACUGUGAGCAUUCGGGUCUUUCUCUGAGGUGCACUAGUAUCAGAGAUGGUCUGCAGAAUAGCCAGCUGAGUGGUGAUGUGUGACACUAGUCUCCAAAGUCAUUAUUUUUUAACAACAUAAAUUUUUACCACCUGAAAGGACAAAACAGUCCCAGGUUGCACAAAAAUAUUGGAAAUAUUCAAAAUGCUCUAGUAAGAUGAUGGAUGGUAGUCAGUUGGUACCAUUUUGUAAGGUACAUUAUAAAUCAUGAAAUAUAGAUUAAAUGUGGAUCAUUGGUCAUUUUAGAAUAUUAUUUAUGCUAGAUUGGGUGUGUUCCAAGGUUUUUAACUUUUUGAAAACUUGUGCAGUUUUUUUUGGGCCUACUCAGCCUUCCAUCCUUCUGAGAUUGGUAAAAUGAGGACCCAGAUUGUUAGGUGGAAUAAGUUGACUAAACCGCUUAGAGGGGACUGUAAAGCACUAUGAAGCGGCAUAUAAAUCUAAGUGCUACUGCUAUAGAGAACAAUAAAGUAUCUUCCUCCUGAAACUAA